AUGCCGGUCUACUCUUCCCCAAACUCGCUCACGGACUCAUGCGACGCACUUGCGCCGCUCGACGUGGCCUGCGAAGCGACAGCCGACCUCCAGCUCGCCGUCACUGCCUGCGAUGAAGGGCGGCGCUUUGCUUCCACCCCUCCCGAUUCCCUCUUCACGCCGGAUUCAGCGCCUUUUGCUUCUGCACGUUCUCCUGUUGCUCUCGACAUCGCGCCCAUCGUUACCGACGAGCCACUGUCUGAGCCUUCCCCUCCUUCUCCUCCUCUUUCCCUCGCUUCUUCCAUCGCCUCGCGUCCUUCGUCUACUGUGUUCGACGAGCCUGCUCUCGCACUUCCCGAGACUUGUGCUCUUCCCCGUUCCUUCGCCUACCGAAUCAAGGUGGACGCUCUCGAAGCCUGGCUCGUCCUCAACUUCGUCCGCCUGCCGACAGGAACCGCCCAUGCCGCCGCCCGUACUCACGGCCUUGCCCGCAUUAACAUGGAAGAGUCGUACGAGCUCGCCCUCGACAUUGCUUGGAACGCCACGAAGUUUCAGGAGGAAGAACCCGACCGGGUCGCGAGGCUCAGAUCUCGCGUUAUGCGGAUGAUGGACGACUACCUCGAUCACUCACAAAACUGCAAGAAGCGGCGAGCAUUGGCACACGCCCGCCCGAAACUGCAGCACACCCCGAAGCUGUACUCUUUCCCCUCCACGUCCACCUCACCCUCCUUCGUCUCGCUUUCCGAACUUCGACAAGAGCUCGACCUACCCCUCCCACCUUCUCUCACCCGCCGUCGCCGCUUCGCAACCUACCGCUCGAGCUACAGAUCGCACCGCUCUCGCUCCCGGUCUCGCUCGAGGUCCAGCACACAAUCUCACAGAUCACGGCCCCAGCAAUCGGACCUCCAGAUGCGGGUACGGCUGAACGAGGCGUGGAAGGUGUAUCGGCAGAAUGAGCCUCAAAGGCUGGAGAAACUGCGGAAGAAUCAGGAGCUGGCGAGGCGAUAUCAAGAGGCGGCUACUAUGGCGGGACCCGAGGAGACGCAGGCGAGCACAUUGGACGACCGCGUCGGCGUCGCGAACCUUCCACAGGAGACUGCGGUCGUCUGCUCCGACUGGCGACUCGCGCUGGACGAGGACGACGACGAGUACUUCGCGGCGCCCCCCGUCUUCGACUCCUGA